AUGAGGCCUCCCCCUCAGACAGCCCUGCUCCUGCCCUCAUUCCCCGGCGGCCAGAGGGGCUCUGGUUCAGACCGAAGCCCUGAGAAACUCGAGACGAAACAGCCAGAAAAGAUUAAUGAACAGGCCAAAGAUGAGCCUCAGCAGAAAGGGGAGCCAGCGGGUUCACCCUCCGCACCAGCAGCGCUGACCUCAGAGAAGAAGGCAGAGGCUAACAGCGCCAAUAAGGUUGAGACAAAGAGCGUGGAUGAUGCUAAUAAGGGACCCAGAGAAAUCCCAAGAACCCUGAAGAGAGCCCCCCCCAGCCACCCCGAGGCGGUGCGGAUCCAGGCGUGGUGGCGGGGCGUCCUGGUGCGCCGGAUGCUGCUGCACGCGGCCCUCCGGGCCCUGACCAUCCAGCGCUGGUGGCGGCAGGUGCUGGCCUGGGUGCGCAUGUGGCGCAUCCGGCUGCGCUACUGCCGCCUGCUGCACGCCGCCCGCAUCAUCCAGGCCUUCUGGCGGUGCCACUCCUGCACCUCCCGGGGCUUCAUCAAGGGCCGCUACCGGGUCACGGCCCACCAGCUGCACCUCGAGCUGGAGAUCGUGCUGGGCUCGGAGCCGUGCUUUGUGUCGGAGUGUAUUCCCCUCCCAGUAAAGCAGUGA